AUGAAGAUUUCCGCUCUUUUCAUGUUCGCUGUGUCUCUCACGCUGGGUGCCGCAACCGAGGCAGUGUUCUCGAAUGGAGUGCAUGCCGAGCUGGCCACCCGUGGCGUUCAGCUCCCUGCAGAAGGCAGAUAUCUGGCCAAGAAGGUAGUGAAGCUCCUCCGCAGAAAGGCCGGUAGCAGCUCCAGCAAGCCAGGCUCUUACCGCGACACUACUGGAGAUGUUUGCUUUAUCGGUUUCCACCUUGGAUUAUGCGAUGGGCUUGGCACUUGUACGGCUGGGGAUGAAAAAAAGGAGACUGCUUUCUGUAUUUAG